AUGGUCCCCCUGGCUCAGACCCUGACACUGCUGGCAGUGGCCAUGGCCACCAUGGCUGUUGAUGCGAUCCCCCUGGACAUGGCCCCGGACUCCUUUGAUGACCAGUACAAGGGCUGUGGCCCUGCCAUGAAGGCGGCAUUGCUGACCCUCAGCUGGUCUGAGUUUGAGCAGAACAAGAAGUUUGCCGAGGUUUGGGCAAAGGCUGUAGCCGAGUGGCAGAGUCAGGGGCCCUCUGAGUCCCCUCUGUCCCCAGACCAGGCCACUGCCAUCAUGGCCUUCUCAAUGGAUGGCCUGACCACCAGCAUGUUCAAUGAUGCUGUGCGCGUGGCCGGGCGCUCCCGACAGGAAUACCUGGACAACUUCCACUUCAAAACGCUGCAUUUCCUGCUGACCGACGCCCUGGCCACGCUGAGGGACGCUCAGAAAGGGCAGUGUCGGGAUGCGUUCCUGAAGGUGUGUGACACCCGGUUCGAGGCACAGCUUGGCGACACGGUUCGGUUUGGUCUAUUCAUGACGGUAUUCCCGAGCAAACCAAUUGGCGAGUGCCCCGGUGAGACAAUGCUCGAGCUGCGCACGUGCCAUGGCGUGGAAUUGCAGUUUUCCAGCGAACAGCCGGAACCUGACAUGGUGCUGAUCCCACCCUUUGAGACCUUCAAGGUCACCCAAUACACCCAGGAAGGGGACAAGACACAGAUCCAGCUCCAGUCCACCGGGACCUACAGCAAAUACAACUGCGAGUGGCUGGGAGGUGGGAGUGUCCCCAGUGCCCCCUUCCACGUUGGAGGACUCCUUCUGGCCACCACAGCCCUGACACUGGCCACUGGAAUCCUCUGA